AUGGCGUGGGAAUCCCGCCUGCUUGCUUUGCUCGUCCGAGCAUGCUCUGGCGGUGGCGCUCCCGCUAUAAAGCUCUCUCCCCGCCUCCCCUCCCCGCCCCACGCGUUUCUCGUCCUCUCUUCGCGACAUACUCCUCCGCGAGUGUCCUGCCACCCAUGCCCAAGCGCAAGGCAGAAGUCCUCGACCUCGACGCGUACGACAGCUGGAUGCCGCCGCGUCCAGCGCGUCCGUACUCGCAUGCGUCGCCAUCAUACGUCUCCGCCAGCGUGCCAGCCACUCAGUCGGCCUCGGCUGCAGCGCCGCCUGCGAAGAAACAGCGGAAGAAAGCCAACGCAGCUCCUCCUGGAGAGAAACGCGCUGCUAGGUUCAGGGCAAAGUGCCCGCAGAACAUCCUGGAUCGGCUGGACAGGGUCAUCUCUCAAAGGUUCUACAUGGUGGAUCGCCAGCGGAACGGUGACGAACUCAAGGAAGAGUUCAGUGUCCUUGGGUCGACGGGGAACGUGUACACUGUGAUCGUCGACAAGACACCUAGUUGCAACUGUCCUGAUGCCACGAAGGGCAACCAUUGCAAACACAUCCUGUUCAUCUUCCUGAAAGUUCUGCAAGUCACUCAGGCGUCUGGGUAUUGGUACCAAAAAGCUCUGCUCACCUCGGAGCUCCAAGACGUUUUCUCGCACGCCCCGCUCGCGCCCAACGCUCUUGCACACGCACACGUACGCGAAGCGUACGCGCGGGCCACCGGCAAAGCGUCCUCGUCCUCCGCCGCGGCCAAACAGUCCGACAAGAAACGCGUCCCCGGCCCGGACGACGACUGCCCGAUCUGCUACGAGAACAUGCACCGCGCGAAGGAGAACACGCUGGUGUGGUGCGAGGAGUGCGGGAACGGGCUGCACAAGGAAUGCUUCACGCAGUGGGCUACGACGGCGCGUUCGAAGGCUCAGCUCGUCACUUGCGUUUUCUGUCGCGCGAGAUGGGUCGGUGCCGGUGCGGGCGCAGGCACAGGCGGGAGCGCGGCUGGUGGCAGCAGCUACGCGGAGGGCUAUGUCAACCUGGCCGAUGUCGCUGGCGUCAACAGGGUUCGCGACACGAGUUCCUACUAUCAGGGCCCGAGCAGGGGGAAGCGGCAUUACGGUUACGUGGAAUACGUGGACGACUUCUGAGGGCUGAGCGCUGGAUGCUCCUCGGGGAUCGUAAGGCGAGUCGGAUAUAUAAUCUCAUAUUUCCUUGGACUAUCACCAUUGCGUGACAUACCUUACUACACGACUAAUCGUAAUCCUUGUUAUGAGCCAUGAGCUCGCUGUUUAUGCAACCUUAUGUGUAUGCUCACUGGCGGCGACUUGGACAAUUACACUGAAUGAACUC